CUGAAUCUUUUAAUGAUUUUAUGUUUUGGAGAUGAUGAAAUCCACUCAUUCUGUCACAUUUGACACUCAAGAAGAUGGUUCUGAAACUUUUGAACUAUUAGCUCACAGUCUCUCAGAGUGGUGAACCCCUCGCCAUUUUCCUUCUGAGAGACUCAGCCUCUCUGUCUUUUUAUACAACAACUUUUACAUAACUUUCGACCUGGUUGGUUGUUCCCUCAUAACAACUUUUGGCCUUUCUGGUUCCUCUGCAACUACUUUCUAGAAACAUGUUGCUCAUCAGUGUUAUCUGACAGCCAUCUCCAAUCACACGAUCUGAAGUUAGAGAGUGUAUAUCUAAGUGUGUGUGUGUGUGUGUGUGUGUGUGUGUGUGUGUGUGUGUGUGUGUGUGUGUGUGUGUGUGUGUGUGUGUGUGUGUGAGAGAGAGAGAGAGAGAGAGAGAGAGUCAGUGCUGUUGGUUUGUGUCACAUUGUUUUGUGUGUAUGUGAAUAGGCCUUAGUGUUGGUUCAGGGAUUAGCAUAUUAGCAUGAUAAUGGUGUGUGAGUGCUGGAAGGCCUUCUGUCACUCUGCAGCUCUGCUCCUCUGUAUGCUUUGCUACGGCUCAACUCGCCUCUCCUCCUCUGCCACCAUCGCUUUCUUCUCUUUCUUCCUCUUCAUUGUCCUCCUCCUCCUCAUCGUCUUCCACUUGGACAUGGAGGAUAACCACACCUUCCUGUAUUUUGCUUACGGCAGUAACCUGCUGAAGGAGCGGCUCCAGCUCAGGAACCCGUCUGCCACAGUCUUCUGCGUUGCCCAACUGAAGGUACAGAAAAACACCUGAAAACACCUGGGGCAGGUGUUCAGAAGUGAUCUGAUUAUUUAAGGUAAUCCAGUUUAUUUCCAUCCUGUUCAAACCUCCAGUUUGAGUUGUCAAAAACUUUUGAGCCGAAUACAUUUCCAAACAUCAGGACUCUGAUCUAGCAGAGGCUGGAUUCAAACUGGAUUUAAAGUGGAUUCAAACUGGAUUACAGAAACUACCUUGAAGAAAACUUGGAGGUAGUUCAAAUAUAAGAAAUUUGAAAUUGUGUCCAUACUGUAAAUAUUUUUUUUUUCCAUUUUGUUCUCACAUUGUCUUGUCUUUACAGUAAGAUAGUGUAUUAGAACAGGAGUGUAUUCAGACCGUUUGGGGGACUGGAGCAGAAAAAUUAAAAGGGCACCUGCUGUAUGGGCCACCAAAGCACAGAAAGUUGUGAUCAAUGAAAAUCUGUCUCCAACAGCAUUUUGAUAUACAGGAUUUUGUUACAGCAGCUGCUGCUUCAAAACUCUUUUUCAAAAACAAAUAGGUGAUGUUUCUGACCCAAAGUCCAGUUUUUAUACAAUUUACAAACUAAACAUCUACUACAGGUCAGGUAAAUAAGGCUUAAUAACCAAAGUUUAAACAUUUAAUCACACUCAGUCCAUUACAAGGGCAUUCAGAAGGCAAAUUUUUAUGUUCAUCCUUUUGAACAUUUUCAUGUAUUAUCCAUGAAAAGGACACCAGAGAGAGCAUUUUAUUAGGUUUCAUAUAUUUCAGGAGUAUCCAAGAGAGCCCUCCCCCUGAGCACACACUGAAUGAGUUUGACUGUCAUACAUUAGCCCACAAAAAUUUCCCUAAACCUAAAAAGACUAAAAUCAAUUUGCUUGAAAUGUUUUUGUCUAAAAUUUUAACUUAUUUGACAUAUUUGACGAUUUUUGAUUGUUGUUUUUUAUGUUUCAUAGUUUUUGUGUUUCAUGAAAUAUUUCGGACAGGAAUGCAAUUGGUGUACAGUGAAAUGUGUUUCGUUGACCUUCAGGGCCAUACUAUACACAUCGGAUGUGAUGAUGUUUCAGUCAGUCAGUAUUUGGGGCUCCCUGUGGACAGAGCAGUCCCAUUGAGAUCUCUGGCGCUGGUUCUUUUGAUUAACCAGACUACCUGGACCGUGAAUGUUCUGCCAUUUAAAACCUGAACACACGUGAUCCUGUCUUCUUUCCUCAGGACUAUAAACUAGUGUUCGGGAACUAUAAAGGCCUGGCCAGUGAGCGCUGGCAAGGGGGCGUGGCCACCAUUGAACACAGUCCUGGAGACGAGGUGUGGGGUGUUGUAUGGAGGAUGAACACAUCUGAUCUUGAGUCUCUUGACAGGUGAAGUUUGAAUCAGUUCAGUCCUGGAUUUCUGUAGAAGUGUUUGUGUGUAUGUGCAUGUGUGUGUUGAUUUAUGUGCGUUUGUAUUUUGUGCACACAGUCAGGAGAACGUAACAUUGGGAGCCUACAGUCCUGCACAGCUCGCAGUAAAGGCCAAAGGUCAGGACCUCAGUUGCAGAACCUACAUCAUGAACAGCUGUGUGUACGCUCCUCCAUCACCUCAGUACCUGCAGGUGAGACACCUGGGCUUAGAAGUCGUGUUUUUGUCAUUCACUACUUUAGUUUUGAGUUGACUCAAGUUGACCAACUCUACAGCACUCACUGUCUUAUUGAUGCUAAUGUUGGCUGCAGCAACUACUGCUGUGGUUCAUUUUUUAGGUCUGAACACCACCGACCAACCAAGUAUCAGCAGGUUCUGGGGUCUGUAUGGUGAACAAAGCAGGCAGGUCUAGGGUUUGGUAUCAUUACAGUUUCAUCAACUCUGAAUCCCAUUUUGGUCCUGGUUAUCCAGACUGGUUCUUAACAGUCUGUGAUUCCUGUGACAAUGUUUUAUAAAAAGAUGUAAAGGGUUCAUGAAAUUGUAAUCAACAAAACUUACCUGCCUGUGAUGUUGGGACAUAACUGUGACAAGGAUUUCUCUGCCUUUCUAGAUUAUACAUGACUCUCCUAUAGGGACAGAUCAACAAGGGAAAACCCAAACCCAAACUAUUUUAGUGAUAACAGGAAAAUAUCUCAAAAGAAAAAAAUCUCAUGUCCUGUUGUCCUCUGUAUCAAUGAAAAUGUGAGCCCAGCUGUGUCUACUAACAGAGUUUGAGGAGAUGCCCAUUUAGUUGCUAUGGCUACUUAGCUGUAAACUGGACUCCACACCAUAUUGAACACAGUGCAGACUCUCAGAUUCACAGAAAAACUUUGUCAUUUUAGGUGCUGCUUUAGGUGCAGGUGUCUGUGUUGGUCUAAGGUGACCUCCAAAAGGCCUCUCUCUUUGAGGUGAAACAUGUCUGCCUUAUGUUGUUGUUUUGAAUCAGGAAAACAACAGAGGCAGGAAUGAGGAGUGAAGCGUACUGCCCAUUCACUCUUUACUAUUCUCUGAGAGAAGCAUCUGGAAUGACUCACUCUGUCACACGCACACACGCACGCACGCACGCACACACACCUGACUGUGUUUUCAGCAGGUCACUACAAACACACUCCCUCUGUCAGGUUUCACACACCUCAACACCAGACUGUUCUUUCACAUGUGAGAGCUCCGAACAUGCCUAACAGACAAACAGCAGCUCAAAGCUCUAUAGUCUGCAGGAGUUCACUGUAUUGUUCCCACACACUCUGACAGGGGCUCCAUGAUUCAGGGGUACAGGAGCUGUAUUCAUCCUGGUCAAAGUUGCGUUCAGUGCACACUGAAGUGUUUACCCUGACGACGUUCAUACAGCAGUCUGAAUGUGGAACAGAAAGGUUGAUGAAAAAUGCUGCUCAGAUGCUUUCAGACUUAUUGUGUGAUGAUGACUUUUUAAAACGCAACCAGCUCUGGGAGGGAAUUUUUUGAGGAGAGAGAAAAACACAAAUGUACAGCAGAGAUUUUGUUCCAAUACACCACAAUGAAACAUCAACCAAGCAAUCUUUAUUCCAGUUUAUAACCCUCAGUGUGUAGUCUGUAGUCUCAGUCUGUAGACAGUGCUGUUAGAUUAAAGAGUUACAGCGCCCUCUAUUGGAAAAAUUACUGAAAGAAUUUUAUUAGCUUUUUGAACAAUGAUCAAACAAAGUCAUUCACGUUUACAGUUUCGGUCCAUAUCAACAAUAAAUGUAAUUCUCAGCAGUGUCUUGAUUUGUGAAUUCAAUGUGACAAAAAACGUAUCUUUACGUUUACUUACCUGAUGCAUCCAUAGCCUACCAGUCCACAACCCAGACCACAAACCUGAUGCAGUCACACUUAAUUCAGUCAUUUAUUCACAGUCCUCAGAGCCAUAAAAGCUAUCUGUGUCUACAUGUACCUCUGAUAGUGUAAACCACCUGCAAACAAACAAAAGUCUCAACAAUAAGCUGCACAACCAUGAUAGUCUAAAGAAUUGUGAGCUUCUUACCUGAUCUCCAAGGGUUACCUCAACUUCAAGUAGUGUCUUACGACAGACUAAAGCACACAUGCCACCUACUGGGCUAACAUUUGUAUUACAUCAAGAUAAAUACUGGUCUGUGGAGUGCUCUGAAAUUGUGCCCUGCUGUUGAUCAAAAUAAGAGACCAGACUCUGGACACUAAUGUUUUUACCACAGUGUCAACAGGCAGAGGUGAAGUGAUAAAUAAUGUUGUUCAUUAUCUCUUUGCAGGUGAUCAUGAUGGGAGCAGAGCAGAAUGGGCUGCCAAAAGAUUACCAAGAAAAGCUGAGAGCCAUAACAACCAACAUGUACAAAGGUCCUCUUCCUAUGAUGGCUGAGCUGGAUCGGGUGAGGAGAGCCAAGGAGAGGGACCUGCAGGAUUACCAAGACUUUGGUUCCAGCAAGAACCAGGUCCACUUCCUUUUAUAGCAGAGUCCCUGCAGCACCGCACUAAGCACUGGAACCUAGAACUGUAAAUUGAACAUGAGAGCUGACAGUCAAGAUGAUGGUCAGAAUCACUCUCUGACACAGGAACUGCAACAAGCCUUUAUGAUUAAGGAUAAGGAAAUAUUUCAUUUCAGUCUCAUUUCCUGCUCACCAUCAUAUUGUAAAUGGUUUAACAGUUUCCCCUUUAAAUAAGUGGACCUUAAACAUCCAGGGACACUGGCAUCUGUAUUAAUAAUUUUGUAUUAUAACUUCAUAUGACAAAAGCAGCCGUAGCAGUUUCCUGGUUAAAACAAAUUAGUAACUACAGGGUUAAUGUCACAGGCAUGGAAGUUAAAAUAUUAUAAAUAUUUCUUGAAAUCAGUGAAUUUCAUGUCUUCAAAACAUUAACAAUGAUUUCUGGAAUGUAAUAUUUGUAAUAUUAUUUAUCAUUCACCACAUUCACUGUGACACUAUUUGAGAUGUAAAUUAAAGACACGAAUAACAACAAAAA